AUGCAGGUCCCGCAUACAACAUUCUCACACCCCCGUACGCUUCGUUCCUGCAUUAAGACAUCCCCCCUCUCUUUGCCCACUGGUAUUAUUGACUGUUGCAUUGCCUUGCCCCCUCCCUACGACUUUCGAGACAGCAUCUUUUACUUCUCAUCUCUCGAGCGCCUUCGCUUCGCCCAACUGCCACCCACCAACACGAGCCAGCCUUCUUUCGCUGUCGUCAGUGCUCCCACCCAGCACACCGACACCGAAACGAGCAUCAGCUUCACAACCACCGACCUUGACAGCGUCACUCUCUCGAGCUUGAAGAAGAGAAGAAGGCGAGCAUCGCGUAUUGUCUCCGAGCAAGCCGCCAGCCGUCUGACCAGAAGAUCUUCGCGCCGGCCCUCCUUCUAUGCGACCCUCCCCGACAAGAUCAAGCGGCAGCACUUGACAAGCGAGGAGCAAAUUGUCGUUGCCAGGUUGCGCAGACACAACAUCAAGCUGACCUCGCCCAACGACACGGUGCGCAGGUCCGGCCGCAGAGCAUCCAACGUGGCCAUCCCGGAGAGUUUGUACAGCCCAGCAUUGGUCCCGCCCCGCCCCCAGACCAUGGAGACUCACGAGUCGCGGCCUUGGAUGCCCGAGGCGGUACAGAAGGGUUCGGACUCGUUCUACGACAGUUUUAGGUGGCUCGAGGAAGACGACGAGCUCGAUCUCCGCUUGCACCUUGACGACUACCAUGCGAACCUGCGACAAGAACUCCCGCCACCAACCAAAUCGCGCAGGCCAUCCUUUCGUCGGCACCUCUCGAUCACCAAGGUCCCCUUCGGACGUUCAUCCAUCUCCUCCGGCAGACCUGGCACGACGCACGCAACGACGCCAACGUCGCCUGCAUACCCUCCAAGCAGUAGUCCCCUGGCGAACCCGACGGUUCACGUGCGGCGCAAGUCCCGAGCGCUCUCCUUGAUAUCACCCAAGCAGAGUCCCAAGGAUGCCACGACUGGAUUUGAUCCCGCCGCCGCCCACUACCAGGACCCAGAGGCCCGGCAAAAGCUCAAGCUCUACCUCGCAUCUCCUCUCAAGUUUGAUGAAGCUGUGCAGUACGGGUUCCCCUCAACGGAGGGCGCCGUCAAGGGGAUGAAAACGUCUGAAGACGAUGUCAUUGUACCCAAGAUGCAAGAGAAGCCGCGUACGUUCCUCGCUGAUGACAAGUCAUCCAUCUACAGUGACGAGAUGUCAGCCGCGGAAACGGAUUCGCCAAAGACGCCCCACGCGUUUGAGAAGCCCGCCGUUCGCCCCCUUCGUGUGCCCAUCGACUCGGAAGGGCCCGACAAGCCGGUUGACGAAGGUUCAGUUGGGGCGCCGUCUUCCAGAGAGAUGACAUUACGCAUGACGUUGACGAGGCCCGAUCUCCGCGCCAACGAGGAUCAGAUCUACGGCUGGCAGCACAAGGGCCCCAUGGCCAGCCGCAAGUCAACAUCCAAUGCGCUCCGGGACGAGUUUGACCCUGUGUCGUGCGCCAGAGAGGGCAACUCGAAGGAAAGCUUCGAACGACAGUUUGCUGCCAUGGACCAGUGGCAAGCCCAGGUCAACGAUCGCGGUGUUAUGAAGCGUUUCUGGCACAAGGUCCGACGGGCCCCAUAG